GAGUGUCCAGGAUUUAUCAAACAAGUGGUUCACUUGAGCUUGUGUUGGUUUGCAGGUGUAGUUUGCUAGCAGCUAAGCUAGCUUUAGACACUGCCAACACAUCACUAACUAUGGCUUUUGGGUUUUGUUUUGGUUUGACCCUCCUCUUGUCUGUGUGGUCAACUGCAGAAUGUGAUCAGAUUCCCAAUAGAGUUCUUCAUAUGGAGUGUCGUGAUCGCUAUCUCAUGAUAGCUGUGGAUCUUUCCCUCACUGGGAAUGAACCUCGCUUUGAAGCUGUUGAUGAAACUGGUGUGUACCCCCUCAUUCAGCAGUAUGCAUCUGAAUGUGGCUACAGUGUCAGUGUUCUCCCUAUACGGGGCCAUGUGGAGCUCAGAGCCUCUUAUCUCAGCUGUCACACUGACAACAAAGAUGAUGAAGUCUUCACAUUUAACUUCAACCUGAUUGUAAAGCAUGAAGAAAAAGAGGUUACUUAUGCCUUGAACAAGACCUGUUCUCCCUCUCUCCCCUGGUCUCCCAGAGAGGUUACCUGUGAGGUCAACUACAUGGAAAUGUCUGUGAGGAGUGACGUGGCCUGUCCAACUGGAACAAAGAAAGACGACUGGGAUGUUGCUGUCCACACUGCGUAUACUUCAGCCACCUCAGACUGGCAGGUGAUGUUCCAGAGGGUGGAGCAGGAGUUGAUGCCCAUGAACCUCUCUGAAGCUCGUAAACAGGGUUACGUGUUUGACAUGACAGACGGAAGGCUUGUGUUUCGUAUGCCGUAUGGACAACCUGACUCAUUCAGCACGGAGGUGAAUGGUGUUCCAGUAGAGGUGGUCCAUGCAACUCUGUUCUCCAGACAGAGCUGGGUUGUCCUCAUGGUGGACCUGGUGGCUGCUUGCUCCAUGUAUGAAGGAUCAUAUGAUGACAGUGGAUACAUGAUGUGGGAGACUCCUGAGGUGCUGUACCCGCUGGUGUCUGGUCUGCACGAUACCCAGGUCAACGUUGGUGUCAAUGGUGAACUUGUGGAGCAGCCAGUCGCAGAGGAGAGAGGCUACAUAGUGAAGAAGCACAACACCACAGUCCAGAUCAGCAUCCCCUGUAACGCUGAGGGAGGAUACAGGAAGAGCUUUGUGACUGACGACCUCUACGAGUACUAUGUCUUUCAUCUCUACUUGGAGCAAACUUCAGUGGACGAGGAUCACGUUGACACCAGAAUUCGCUUUCACAGGACACUUGCCACUCCUCUGCUGCCAUGUCCUGUUUUUACUGAGAACAGAACAGUUAUUGAGGAACAAAUGUUCACCAUCUACCUGGGAGACGUCCCUGGAGAUGUUGAGCUCACUGCUGUUCAUUUGAACGGGCACAAAUGUACAGCGCCGUUCACAAAUACAAGCGGCCACACCAUCACAAAAGUUGUUCAUCCCAACAACACCCACGGCUACACUCUGAAGGUGCCAUUUGAUGACCCUGUUCUCAUACAGCAGUUCUCCAAAGAAGAUGCAACUAUGCAGCUCAGCCUGGACAUCAACUACACACUGACAGUUCUGCCUGAAAAUGAGCCUUAUUACCACCUGGCAUCAGUCAUGGCACAAAUGGAUGCCUCUCCUCCACAGUUUGAUGCCGUCUGUUCUGAGUCUGGCAUCAGCUUCAGACUGGAACACCGGCCUUUUGACUACCUGUGGUACAUUAGCAUCGGCUCAGACCUGCUGACGCCGGAGCUGGCAGCUCAGCACGGCUACAGCAUGAGCAAUAACAGCCAGAGUUUGCUGCUCCACGUGCCGCUCUACACUCAUGGAUAUGAAUACAAGGACAUUACUCUGAGGGGAUUCCUUGGUACUUUUGAGAUCCUGGUGAGGGAUCAUGAAACAUCAGAGGUCCAGAGCUCAACUGUCAAGACUUGUUCGUUCACUACUACUGAACUUAUCAUGUGUUCCACUGAUGGGAGGAUGACUGUGGUGGCUGACUUGUCUCUGGUGAUCCGCAGUGGAGGGAUCCCUGCUAGAAGCAACCUCAUAAACAAAUACUGUGGACCCAAAGAAGCAGACGACACCAGGGCUCUCUUCUCUUUCCCGCUCAACAGCUGUGGAUCCAUAGUCAAGCUCAGCAAAGAGCAUGUGACCUAUGAAAACGUGAUUUUCAGCAAGAAGUUGCCUGCAGAUUCCAGCAAUGAGAUUGACAGGGUGACAGUGCAGUGCACGUACCCUCUAGCUGGCCUCCAUCGACUUUUCUCGGUGUACAGGUUUGAGUCUGACACAACUGGUGUUGGCCGCAUCGUGCAUUCUGCAGGCUUCGCUGAAGAUACACAAAGUCCCACCAUUGAUCCCACUACAGUGCUUCAAACCCCAGUGCCUGCUACCAGACGUACCACAAGACCUGUUUCGGUACGACCUGGUUACCACCCUCCUGCUCAGCACAUCAAAGUAUCCAGCUACCUAAAGAAUCUCUCAAAGAAAGGAGCCAGAGGAUCAUCACAAACUAAAGUGAAUCCAUAUUUUGGAUUGUCAUUAAAUGAAUUUUAAACGGAGUGCAAUAAAUUUGUCUUUAAAAA